AACACAUUUGAGUUGUUUAUUGAUUUUGUUUAUUAAACUAUUGAUCUGAGAGCUGUUUUACAUUUAGUAUUGUUAAACUUCUUCUUUUUUUGCGGAAGAACAGCUAAUGAAAGGGAGGGAAGAUGCUUCACAAGAACCUGGAUGAUUUUGCUGAACACAAUUUCAUUUGGAUUUUUAUGGAAUUUUAAAAUGCAGGGAUGACAUACUGAGUAAAGUUUGAGGCAAACGACGGUACAUACUGAUCAGACAGUUAAAGAAAAGUGCGGCUGCAGCUUCACCUGCUAACGUUGACUUGUCGCCAAAAACAAGCCCGUUGUUUAUUUGUUUAAGUGAGAUUAAUUGAUAUCCUCCCCUCCCCGCCCACGUGUGCCUCAUGACGUGACUACUCAGCUCUGCAGACACGAGAUUUAAGAAGUCCUUUGUCGCAUUUUUAUCUCUGAACAUGGAUGCCGUGUAGCUCCACGAUGCUUUUACUGAUGUUAGUGUUAAACCUGAGCACAGCUGAAGCUCUACAGGUGAUUGGAGGAAACAUCACCGUGGGACAAGGAGGGACUGCUGUCUUACCGUGCAAAGUCAUUGACACCACGGAGACGGUUACUCAGAUUUCAUGGCAGAGAAAAACCAGAACGAAAACUGAGAAUGAGAACUUCUUCACAGUCUUGUCCACAAAUGGAGCAAAGGUUAUCAAUGGAGAUAAACGUUUUAAAUUUGUUGGGAGUGUUAACGACGGCAAUGGAGCACUCCAGUUUUCCAAUGUCACACUGAUGGAUGAAGGCAGCUACGCAUGUGUCUUCACUAUGUUCCCCAGUGGAAACCACAAGACAGAAGUGCCUCUAAACGUGCUUGUUCCUCCAGUCUCAAGCCUCCAGUACAAUAUUCCUGUUCUGGGCAAUGAGGAGGUUUCCCUGGUUCUGUGCACGGCUGCUGGUUCCAGGCCUCCCGCGGAGGUGAAGUGGUUGACUGGUACUCUGGAAGGAAAAGUGAGGGCAACAACCAACUCCACCAAGCAUGACAACGGUACGACUACCACAGUCAGCUCUCUGUUUGGAGUACCAACCACAGAAAUCAAUCACCACGUGGUCCAGUGUGUCGUCACCAACGCAGCCCUGUUGAAAGAAGAAACCCGUCCCUUCACCUUGCAGGUCCACUUCCCACCUGUGGAAGUAAACAUUCGUGAACGAGCCAAAGACUCAUUUGAAUGUGUGUCUGACGCCAAUCCGGAUGCAGACUUUACCUGGAGCAGACCUGACAACUCGUGGCCUCAGUCUGCUCUCCGAGUAGGUGCAACAUUACAGUUUCAGAGCAUGACCCCUGAGCUAAAUGGCCUCUAUGAGUGCGAAGCAUCGAACACCUUUGGAAGAAAACGUGGUCACCUCUAUGUGCAUGUGACUUCAGAGGUCUGCCGUGUUUGUUGGGCCUUAUUUGCUAUUUUGCUCAUCCUCAUUGCUUUUGCUGCUGGUGCAGGGUGGUACCUCUAUAAAACUGGGAAAUUCCAAAGGUUUUUUUCAAGGUCAGAAGAGGGCACAAGCACAGAGAGAGAAAACCAGUAUUAACAUCUUCCAGCUCACAUGAACACACUGAUCAUGGAGUAGAAGAAGAAGAAGACGAAGAAAGAGAAGACGAGAGGCCAUUAUAGGCAGAGAUAGAGAAUUUAGUAGUUAAAGGUGUUUGCUUUAAUGAUUACUGUUUUGUCUUUCUUUCAGUUUAGUUUGUUUCUAAAUGUUUUGUCUUUUUUUUCCCAAGAUCUGCCUGAAAAUAUGUGGAGGCACAUUUGAAACUGUAUAGCUUAGGGAGCACUUUACCAUCUGUGGCAGCAGCAAGUUGUAGCACAGUUGUUGUGGCGUCAUACAGACGCCACGGCUAACAUUUCAUUCCUGACUCAGCUGGUUAAUGAACAGAUGCAAGCAGCUGCUGUGUCUCUUUUCCUUGAGGUUGUCCCGAAUGCCGCUGUUUUGGGGCAUCAAAGAUUCAGUGAUAAGGAUGAAGUUCGCCUAUAAGAGCGACAUGGUAAGCAUUUACGCAUGAGACACAGCAGCCUAACUUUUAACAUUGAUUAUUAUGAUUAUUAUUUAAUUUUCUGUGUUCUUCUACAUGUCUGAAAGGCGACACACAGAGCCCAGAUUCACGCAGAUUGUUUGGAGUAAAGCUGCUGUCCUCCUUUAACUUUUAUUUUACCAGGAAGUCCCAUUUAAUGCUGUUUCCUUUGGAAAGUUUAUGAUUUCAGCUUUUCUCUUAACAGUUUUAAUUUAAUUAUAUU